CAGUGGUAAAUUGCGUAAUCUUAGGGCAGAAGUUAUUUAUUAUUCGCGAAUUUAGGAAGCAAACAGAUGGACCGAUGCGCUUCGUAUAUGUCGAGAGUACUUGCCUCACAAACUCCAGAAUCUUCAAAAUGAAUGCGAUGAAAAGCAGCUAAAUCUCGGCGAAAGCGGAGUGCAGUUUAUUUUGUCUGAUGCAAAAAGCUGCGAAGAACAAGGCGAUUUUGAACGGGCAGUUUCAUGCUACCUAAGAGUCAAAAGCCCUUUAACGCAUGACCAAGCUUUAAUAAAGAAAUGUACCAGCAAGGCUGCAGACUUGUUGACGAAGUUUGCCGAUACGAAGUCAUAUCUGAUCAGGCAAGUGGCAGAGCAGUUGAAGGAUAUAAAAUUAUUCCAAGAGGCUGCUGAGUUGUAUCUGACGGCGGACCAGCCUGAGGACUCAAUCAACUGCCUGAUCGCUGGACGUAACUGGAAUGACGCUGCAAAAGUGGCCGCCACUUACAAACCUACAUUAAUGCCGUACGUAGAAGAGAAGUACAAACAGUUUCUCAGAACUGAGGGCGAUGUAGAUGCGUUGGCCUCCGUGGAUCUUCCUGCUGCCGUUCAGCUGCUUAUCCACGACAACCGUUGGGAGAAGGCGCUGGAAAUGAUGAAACAGCAAAAAAAAACCGACAUCCUUUCCACUUAUUUAAUGCGAUGGAUCCAGAUUUUGGUCGAACAGAACGAAUAUCGGAAGGCUUUUGAAGCCGUAGCUAAGCACGAUUUACAGCUCACACAAGAGAAUGCCGAGGCAUUCUCGUCAUUCGUCGCGAAGCUUUACGUGUUCCAAGAUCCGGAAGCGGAAAUGCAGUACUGGAACUGGGCAUCGUUAAGAGACGCACUGUUGCAUAUGAUGAAACAAACAAAGUCUUUGAAAUCGGUCGGUAAAAGUCACGUGGCUGAUGUUUUGGAAAAACACCUGCUGAUUUCCCACUUGUACUCUCUGUACAACGCGUUGUCUGAGCUUAGCGAAGACGGAGACGUUGGAAUGAUCAGAAGUAGAAUUAGCGUCAGCCUUCUGCGUUAUACAGACGUGAUUUCCGCGGAUAAGGCUUUCUAUGAAGCUGGGGUCGAUUGCAGAAAACUUGGCGGAAAGUAUCAAGGGAUGGCUUUUGUGCUUCUGAAUCACUUUUUGGACAUUGCAGAAGCUAUUGAAGAAAACAGCCUCGAGGCAAUCGACUUUGUAGAUUUCGAAGGAACAGACAUCCCGCAAAACAUCGUUUUGCCGAAGACUUCCGUUAUAAGUCGUGCCGGCGGCAGCAGCGGCGGUGGUGGCGUUAUGGCGCUCGAUUUUAAUCGAUACUUCUGGGGAGAGAAGCACAACGGCUUUGCUGUUCUCUACCGAAACAUGAAGCAUGGCCAGCUGUGUUCGGCCAAAGAAUUGCACGAAUUUCUGAAGUUGGCGUCGGUCGUCGAAGAGGAGUAUUACCGCCAUCUGUCGAAAUUGAUCAAGCAGCUGUCGGCAUUCGGCACCGAAGGGUCAGUGGUCAGUUGUUCGUUUGUUCGUCGGUGUGCCAUUUUGCUAUGA